UCCUCCUUCAUUUCAUUUCCGGGCCUUCCAGCAUCGAGAUAGUUGGUUUCUUUUGCCCAAUUGCGCUUCUUGGUAACAAUCCAAGAGAUACGAAUUCAGCAGAAUUAUUGAACGCACACAUACAUGUAUGUGGCCACCAGCAUCCAAAAGUGGGAUACAGCCAACCCAGGUUCCUGAUAAGCUAUCUAUCUAUCUUCCCCGGAGAUUUAUCUAGAUUAGUACAAUACGCCCUGAAUAUCAAAUCUGAUUGAUAUGUAUUUGAUGGGGUUGGCAUCACAUUUGUGGCUGGAAUGAAAUGUCACCAAGAUGAAUUCUCUGAAAAUAAUGCCUUCAUCACAGCCUAUGAACACAAGCCAUUCUGGCUCGAAAUUACCCAGGCAAGUCAUACUCGCACACAGUUUAAGAUUUAAAUCCUGACAACAAUAUCUCAGCCAGAUAGCCUGCUUAACAUGCAGAAGUGUAAAAUUGAAAUGUAGAACUACUACUACCGGUGAGAAAUGUGAACGAUGCAAACGAAAGUCACUUGAGUGUGUGUUUGAGCAGCACCGCAGGGGAAGAAAGCCAGGCACAAGGUAUUAUCGAUCUUAAUAUAUUGCAAUACAUUGUGUGUCUGGCACUUACUUCCAUUAGGAUAAAACGAAAUACUUACCGAGCAAAUACACAAAUUGCAAAGACACCGAUUUCCGAUCAAGAAAAUUUGUCUUCAACGACAAGACAUUUGUGUGGUGAUACUCGAAGUCCCAAACCAAGUAGUGCAGCGGAUGUUUCUCCACCUCAAACCGCACAGUCUUGGGACAAUGGAGGACUGCAACAAGUUGGGAUACUAAGCAGAGAAGCUCAGUUCGGAAAGUUCUCUUUAGAAAACAUACUCUGUGUACCAGAUGUUCUGAGACCUCACCAUCCAACGAGGCCGCCAACUCGCAGUGCGGAUAGCUUUGAUGAUCCGAUCACCUGUAACAUGCUCAGUUUUCCUGUUGCAUUGGGAUUAUUUGACAGGUAAAUACAUUGUUCACGACCCUCUCACGGAGGAAGAAGUAUCAGGCGGUUUCGUUGCAACACUGACGAAGAGUAGCUUCAUGCGUUGUUUAAAUCCAUACAUUUGUCAACUAGAUACCAAGCUCCAUACCUUUGACUACGUUCGCCAACGCUCAUCAUUCCUCCUCACAGCAAUUCUGUCAGCUUCCUCUAAGGCUUUUCACCCUGCACUUCAUCCCACACUUAGGUCUCAUACCGAGAAUUUACUUGGGAAGGUAUUUGCGCGGGGAAUCAAGUCCACAGAAACUGUACAAGCAAUCCUGAUCUUCACUUACUGGAAGGAGCCGGAGGAGAUACGUACUUGGUCACUUGUUGGUUAUGCUAUUCGUAUGUGUAUUGAGCUUGGAUGGCACGAAAUAGAGCCAGUAUCACAUAAGCCGCGAACUUCAGCGGAUGAAGUUACUAUUAGGGAAGCUAGAAACAUUGAGAGGACAUGGUUAGUAUUGUUUGUGUAUGAUCGAAGGUUAGUCUUCCAUCCAGUAUGAAAUCAUGAUGUGAAAUCUAAUCCGGCGCAGUUUGAGCCUACAACUCGAUAAACCAUGGAUGAUAGCCCAGAACAAUUUGAUUUCUAAGGCGAACGAAUGGUAUCAAGAAGCAUAUGCUGUACCUGGCGGAGAUAUGCUCCUCUCAGCAUUCGUCUGUCUACGAGUAAUAGGUGCUGAGAUGCUCGAGCUUGCAUCAUCCAUGAAGUUAAAAGCUCAAAGUCCUCGGUCAGAAGUGUUAUCUCGACUCCUGAAUACUGAAAUUAGCAGGUGGGAAAAGGAUUGGUUGUGCAAGUUUGAAGAUGGUUUGCCAAUUUCAACAUCCAAUAUCUUGUACAUAACUAACUAAUUCCACCAGAGACUGUUGCCGCUCCACAGCAGUUCCUUGCCAACUUCUAUGGUUUACAUCUUCGACUUCUUCUCAAUUCGUAUAUUUUACAACAAUCUCUCCAUUCUGCGAGGAAAGGAACUGCAGUGUCGAAGUCAGCAUUAUGGCAAUGUUCAUCAAGCGCAAUUGGCAUGCUAGAUAACAUUUCUAAAGUUAUAGGGCCUCUCAAGCAGCUUUACUUUGUCCAAGAUUCUGUGCAUGUGAUGACUGCUUAUGCUGCAAUUUUCCUCAUAAAGGUAUCUCACUUACAUUCUCCAAGUUUCUAAUGAAUUGACGUAAUAAUCUGACCGCUUAAAAUUAUAGCUACUUGUGUCUCUUCCCAAGAACCUGCGUUCUGACCUCGAGACACAGUCAUUACAAGCGAUUCUCCUCUCUUCUGAUACAUUCUCUCAGCAAUGCGCCACACAGAUGACUGGUUGUGCCAUGCAAGCACGGUUUCUCAAGAGUCUCGUGGAGAAAUAUCAGAUCUUGAAAUAUCAAGCUAGGAAUAAAACCCCAGAUCGCAACAGCCAUUCACAUCAAUCUGCUAUAUCACCAGUACAGACUUACCUCCAUGAUGAUAUGAAUACCGCAAACCAUACAAUUCGCCAGAUUCCCGAAACCACCGGACCUUAUCAAGACACCGAAGAUUUUGCAGAAACAAAUUCAAUAACAGACAGCACAACAGAUUUCAGCACAGAUACAUCGGACGAUAAGGAAAUCUGGGAAGGUUUGCUGGCCGAUGUUGGAUUCUGGAUGAGCGAGGGGAAUUUCUUAUCGGAUAACAUUCUCCUUCAUUGAGUCCGAGGACAUUCAUUAACUCAUGUUUUGGAUGGGAUCUACAAUCUGAUUUCCAGAUGUCAUUAUCUCUAUUAUCGGGGUUCAAAAGUGGGGGAUGCUGCAUGCUGUGCGGGGAACCUGGAACCUGGAUAUCGAUGAUUGUUUAGAACACCGAUGUUCUUCGGUGUCUUACGAGAUUUUCGUGCGAAUGGAAUCUGGGGAGUUUAGAAUCUGGUGGGAUUGAAAUUACCUAGCAAAUAUUAAAACAAACGUCAGAAGAUGUAUUCUAAUCUGCA